UCUAUUCCGCCAGCCAUUAGCUACCUUCCGGCACGUUUGGCAACGUAUUAUUUCAAGAACGUCUGUUCCAUUUUCUCCAGCUUCGACUCAGAACUUAACCCAUUUCGAUCAUAUGUUUCUCAAAUCUUCUCGUAUUCUGCGCCAGUAUUCAACGCAAUGCUGAGCAGUUCUGCAGCAAGACUAGCAGACGAAAUGCCACAGCUGAAGGUUAUCGCUCUUCAAUAUCAAAGUCAGGCCUUAAGAUGUAUCGCAGAGAGCCUCAAACAAACAAAUGAAGUCCGUGAAGACACCCUGUUCGCAAUAUUUCUCAUCGGAUUGAGUACCGCCUGGCACGAUGGAAAAGAUAUAGGCAUCCCUCAUUUUCAUGCCGCCCAGCGAGCCAUCUCGUCAAAUUCGAUAUCCGCAAGAGGAAACAAUCAGUCAAUGACUAACUUCUUCAAGUCUGCUCUCAUAUACUGGGAAAUGGCUAUAAGUCUAGUCAGUGACGAAGUAGAGUUCAGUUCCGAUAUGGAUGGUGUCACGGUGGAAGAAAACCCCAAUAUUGCGGCCAGAGUAAUAAGAGAGCCCGGCAAUCAUCGCAUAGUUCCACACCCAUGGACUGGGGUGUCAUCGCCUAUCCAAGCUAUCUUCAGCCGCGUCACAAAGGUUAUCCAGUCACUGAGACGAACUGAUCGUCACUCUGAUGCUGGCUCACUUAGAUACCAGAGACUCAGUCAAGACGCUACGAAACUAGAAGAAGCUCUCUGGUCUGUUGCAUUACCAGGUAUUGCGGAGAUUGAUGACUCGGGAGAUCCAAAUACUCCACCACAUCAUCACAUUCUUCUUGCGGAAGCAUACCUCUUUGGUGGCUUAUAUCAAAUAUAUCGCAAAUUUCCCGGCAUUCUACGACAACGUCGAGAAUGCAUAUCAUCUGCAGUGUGGCCUCAGCUAGGUGCCAAGAACAAUCCGAUAGCGGACUGGUAUAACUCACUGCCGAAUGCCACUUCGAAUAGUACGUUUCUAAGCUCUCUCGGGUUUGGCGUCCUCACCCGCUUGCAACAGAUUCCAAUUACAUCUGGCACUAGGUCUGUUCAGGCCAUUUUAAUAUUUGUCGCCGCCGGUUCGCUGGUAAUACCAUCUUCAUUUAUUCCAGAGCCUAACCAAUUCCAUACUUCCUUAUCAUCUCGCGAAGCAGUAUUGGAUUUGGAUCAUGACCAUGUCAUGGGUUUACGAGCAUUCACAAUUUCCCGGCUGGCAUCUCUCCGGACAUUGGUUCAUUCACGGCCAGUUGAUCUAAUGUUGCAAGUCAUCAAGGAAAUGUAUAGACGUCUGGAUAUGGGAGAAAAGAUCUUCUGGAUUGAUCUUAUUCGCGACAUGGGGUGCGAGACU